AUAUAAUCUCAUUUGUUUACUCAGGUCGUACGUCAUUAUCGACAUUGUUUACAUUUUACAUGUACCGAUAAACGCUUCAUUUGUUAAUUUGAGAGACUGACAACUAUAAAUAAUGUCAGAAUUAUAAAGAGAAAUGAUUUAUUUCAUUAAUUGUUUACAUAUUUUCUUAUAAUCAGCGUACAUUUAGCUGGAAAGUAGCAUUUAUCGUAAUUUUACUCGGUAAACUUUGACAGGUGUUGUUGUUGUUCGCUGAUGCAUUAUGGGUUGUGUGACUUCCGUUGUCAAUAGCAAUUGCUGCCUAAACUCAGUAAACAAAUUGUUUCAAAGUUAUGUUUCAUCAAAAGCAACAGACUUAUAGUCAAUCCAUGAGAAUGUUCUCACAAUUUCAAAACCGAGGAAGGGCGUACAGGUGCACACAUUGUAACAAAAUAGAAAGGAAGAGUCGAAUGGUGGGCCAUGUAUUGAAGACCCAUAUUCCCAUGGAUAGGGUGCCGUUCUACUGCACCUUGUGCAGUUUCAGGUGUGAGGACCGGGAAACCUUGGUAGCUCAUAUCAAGAAGUAUAGGCGCCACAGAGAUGAGGAAGUCAAGUCAGGGACCCCUGACUACACCCAGGUGCUGAAGAGGGCAGCUAACCCUAUAUAUGUAGGAGACCGUGACAUGGUGGUCCUUAGUAAAGAAGAGUCGUUGAGGUGGCACGCACGUCAUACAAUGAAUCAGGAGGACCCACUGAACGACCCUGAUGGUCUUUUUGCUGAUGACGAUGAGACUACAAUGGUGGAUGGACUGGUGAUGCCGCAAUGGAUUGCGCCAAGCAGACAGGCUUCCGCCACCAUUCAAUCAGACCUUGGUCGCCAACCACCACAGUCAGGCUUGACAGUGCCCCUGCCGGUAAUGCCAUCAGCAAAUCUAAGACCAGAGUUCCCAAACCUGAGUACACCUAUGGGGACUUUCCAAAGUCAGUCACAGAAGACAAGCGAUCUGAUCACCAUUGAUGCCAGAGACCUGGCUAGUGUAUUUGGAAGGAUCAAUACACCUCCACCUACAGCACCUGUUCCACCAACACUGGAUACUGUAGGGCAUCUAAGCACCCCAAUUCUCAGGCGCCGAUCACCUGGCUCAGUAAGCACCCCAUGCCUGGACGAGAGAGGUACAGAAGACCUACUGCCGGGGUUACUGAGUUUAAACCAGGAUGAUCCCCUACUGCGCGAGGCCCAAGAUGUAACUAGAGGACCCGCUAUGACAUCCAUCCAAACCCAGACAGACGUUGAUGGCAGUGAAGAGGAACCACCUAGGAAGCGACCUAGGUUGGAGGAAGAAUCUAGCCAGAUCGCCAGUACACUGCAGGCUAUAGCCUCUGCUACUGUGGAAGGAAUGAAGAAUAUUGUGGAGGCAAUAAACAGCAACACACGGGCCAUCCGCUGUCAAGAAAAGACACAAGAAAAAAUAGUGAACGAAUUAGCCCGAAUAGAAAGAAAAAUCACCCAGAUGGAACGGUCACGAAACAAGGAGAAUUCUCCAAGCACUGAAAGUAAAAAUACAAACAAAGGAAAAGAAAAUAUGCCACUAAAAAGCGUCGUUAAAAAAGUAUGAACACAAUAACGUAAAUGAACUGUACAUAACUAAGAGACGUCACUCUUCAAAAGGGACUUAGAUACAAUAUUAACUAUGUGACAUUGUGCCACUUUAUUUUUUAAGUGUGACUAACGUUUUAUUCACAUGUGUUUUGACAGUGUUAAGCCGUUGAGCAUAAAACAUACAUAUAUAUAUUAAAUCAACAACAAACAAAAUGACAUUGGAAGUGAUAUUUUAUUUUGUGAAAUAGUGACAAACAUUUAAUUAAUUAAAAAGUGCUAAUUACUACUGUGAUAAUUACUAUUACAUGGAUAUCUACAACAUAGACAAUGAACUAGUGAAUCGAAUUAUUAUGAAUAUCUAAAAAAAAUAUAGACUGUACAUUUAAAAGUGAAACAUAUUGAAAUAUAAAAUUGUGAGAAGUGUAAACAUGGAACAUGGACUAUAGACAUUGACAUUGAACUUGGUGCUAUUUAUAAUACUUAAUCAUUAUUAUUAUUAUUGAUGAACACUGUGUAUAACAUUUGAAUGACUAUUUAAGACUGUUAUUAAUUAAUGAAAGUGAAAUGUGCAUAAACUGUUUAAAUGUGUCUAUACAUAAGAUGCAUAAUUUUCAUUAUCUGUGUUUCAUAUGCUUAAGAUAGUACUUUUACUUUAAACGGAGCUUCCCUACAUUAUUAGUCUUAAAGGUCAAUGCCCGAGUUUUGUGAUGAUUAUGUUAAAGGUGCAUAAACUUCAUUAUUUUUGUUAUUGUAAGAAGGCAGCAGGAGCUUUGCCUUAAUAAGAGGGGGGUAAUGAUAUAAUCUCAUUUGUUUACUCAGGUCGUACGUCAUUAUCGACAUUGUUUACAUUUUACAUGUACCGAUAAACGCUUCAUUUGUUAAUUUGAGAGACUGACAACUAUAAAUUAUGUCAGAAUUAUAAAGAGUAAUGAUUUAUUUCAUUAAUUGUUUACAUAUUUUCUUAUAAUCAGCGUACAUUUAGCUAGAAAGUAGCAUUUAUCGUAAUUUUACUCGAUAAACUUUGACAGGUGUUGUUGUUGUUCGCUGAUGCAUUAUGGGUUGUGUGACUUCCGUUGUCAAUAGCAAUUGCUGCCUAAACUCAGUAAACAAACCGUUUCAAAGUUAUGUUUCAUCAAAAGCAACAAACUUAUAGUCAAUCCAUGGUACUAGUCAUUUUUAUAAAUAUUAUAUGUAUCAAUUUAUCGUAUUUUUAUGUAAAGUUUCAUAGAACUUUAGCUAAGAAUUGUUGAUGUUCGGACGUUCGGUUGGUUGACAGCGUUCUUUGUGUAUGGAAUUGAUCGUUUCCGAACGUCAAAUGUUCAGUUUUCGAACGUCGAACAUUGUCAACCGACCAAAACGUACAGUUGAACAUUUUUCGAACCUUCUUAUGUUCGUUUUCUCAGAUUUGGUAUAAAUAGGCCAGAAAACGAUCAACUUCAGUCAGUUUUCAUUUAACUUUCGGUUAGUCUACAUUAAUGUCGUGUUCUUCUGAACGGCAAAUUUUACUUAUUUUUAAGGCAAAAUAAAACGUAGUCUUUAGAUUAUUAUUUUACAUUUAAUCAAUUAUUGUCUAAGAAUAAUUGAUAAGAACUUUAUCAUUUUUGUUACACAUUAAUUCGGUCACUGACUCGACCAAACUUUAUAUUUACGUUGUCAUAUUUUGAAUAGAAAUUAAACGGCAGUCGCGGUAAUAAUAUAUGUGAAGUCUAUGUAAGACAUAGCUAUCGGAUAUUUGAGACUGAAUUAUAUACAUGUGUUGAUGUUAAUUACAAUACUGUUAUUUGAAUAUUUGACAAUUUAAUUUAUUAACAGUUUAACACUAAUUAAAAUUAGUAAACUGUGAACAGUCUUUCUUCUUUGUGACUCAAUUUUAAUCUUAAACUGGCGUACCUCCAGAAGUAAGGAAGUGUUAUCAAGUACU